AUGGCCGUCAAGUCCCUCCACUCGGGUGAUCUUUGGGGGAUAUUUCCCCGGAUUUCCUGCCUCACUGGGGACGGAAUUCUGACGGGGCUGGGUCUGCCCGAGGCCGAGCAGCCCGACAAUGCGGCGUUGACCGCGACCGGCCGACCCGUCGAACCCAGCGAGACCUCCAACUUCACCGUGGCGUACGGCCAGUCCAAGUCUGCCGACGUGCUGUUCGCCCUCGGCCUCACCGCGGGACUGUACGAGAAACACGGCAUUCUGAGCUUGGCCCUGCACCCGGGCGCUAUCAUGACCGAACUCAGCCCGACACUACGGGCCCGAGACGCUCGCGGCCAUCGUCGAGAAAUUCAAGUCCGAGUUCAAGAGCGUCGACCAGGGCAGCGCCACGUCCCUGCUCGCGGGGCUGGACGACAACCCCGGCCCAGCCAACCUCAAGUGCCGUAG